AUGAAAGCGGUGACGAUUCAGGGCAAGACCGCCCGGGUGGUCCUUGAUCGACCUGUCCCAACUCCUCGCCCGGACCAGCUGCUCGUCAAAGUGAAGGCCGCUGCUCUCAACCCCACCGAUUGGAAACACAUCUUCCGUGGAAUGGCGAGCGAUGGAGGCUUGUCUGGUUGCGAUUAUGCUGGCGUGGUGGUGAAGGUCGGUGACCAGGUCACAAAGUCAUUCAAGGAAGGCGACAGGGUUGCUGGAGUCGCUCACGGCGCCAACGCCAGCAAUAUCAAUGAUGGAGUGUUCGCUGAAUACGCCGUUGUAAAGGGCGACGUCCAGGUUCACAUCCCCGAUUCGCUUUCGUUCGAGUCCGCCUCGACGUUUCCAUUGGGAGUUUCAACGGUCAACCAGGGACUGUAUCAGAAAGCGCUAGGCCUGAAUUUGCCCACCAAUCCAACAGCCAAAAAUGAGUAUGUCUUGAUCUACGGUGGGUCCUCUGCUACUGGCUCUCUGGCCAUCCAAUUUGCAAAGCUCUCUGGCUAUAAGGUCAUCACGACCUGCUCGCCACGCAACUUCUCGUUCGUCGAGUCCCUCGGAGCAGAGAAAGCCUUUGACUAUAAUUCACCCACCUGUGGCAAAGACAUCAACGCCUACACCAACAACGCUUUGCAAUACGCCUGGGACACGAUUUCCUUGGAGCAGUCGGCCAAAAUCUGCGCCGAGGCUUUGUCGAGUGAGCCCCAGGACGCCAAAUUUGGCUCCAUUCUCCCAGUCAAGUUACCAAGAGACGACGUCAAAGAGACGGUGACACUCAUGUACACUAUCUUCAACGAGGAAUUCGUCAAAGGAGGCCGGACAACGCCCGCUAGCCCCGACGAUUUCGAGUCAGCGAAGAAUAUCUUCAACAUCACAGAGAAACUACUUGCGGACAGCAAACUCAAGCCCCAUCCCGAAAGCGUGGGAUCUGAUGGGCUGAAGGGCGUGCUGCAAGGCAUGCUGGAUCUGAAGAACGACAAGGUCAGUGGGAAGAAGCUGGUCUAUCGCCCCGAGGAGACUCCCGACACCGAGGCUAGCCAGAGCUACGAGUAA